AUGGGGAUUCAGCCGCAGUGGUUGGAAUCGUGGUGGCCUGAGAGCGUGAAUGACGUGGCAUUUGUGGUGGAGGAUGACAUGGAGGUUUCGCCGCUGUUUUAUCGAUAUUUGAAAAGGCUUCUUGGAGUGUACUACUUCAACGCGUCCAAUUUCAACCCGAGCGUGUAUGGGGUCUCCUUUCAACGGCAGUUCUUCAUUGCGGGCUUCAACAGCGGGCUCAACGUGUACGACCAUCCGGACCCCUUUCUUUACCAGCUGGUCGGCACAUGGGGACAGUUCCUCCUCCCAGCCCCCUGGAAACAAUUUCGUCUCUGGUACGACAUGCGCCGCUACAACUCCACCCGAGAACCCUCACUCGACGGGCUAAAAACCACAGUCUGGUUCAAAAAUAAGGGUAAUCGCCUCUGGACCCCCUGGAUUAUCAAGUGGGCUUAUGCCAAGGGUAUGUUCAAUCUUUACCCCUCGCCGCCCGGGAAUCUUUCGCUCUCGAUCUCGCACCGGGAGAAAGGGUCGAAUAUGCCAAAGAACCGGGGGGCCGAUGCCGCCCUCUUGACCCCCCAGAAGCUGGCUGCCGCCCUGGCUGCUGCGUCUUCUUCUGCUGCGUCUGGCUCAGCAGGAGGGGCGGCAGGGAGGGGUGCAGUUGGCGCUACAGCCGGAGGGGCGGCAGGGAGGGUUGUAGCAGGAGGGGCGGAUGUAGCAUGGGCGCGGUCGAUCAGGGCGUGGUGGGUUCGGCCUCUGCCGGUGCUCCGGAGGUUGGAGCGGCAUGAUCUAUGUUUCCGGCAGUUACGCUGGUUACCACCUGCGAAAACGCUGGAGGAGUUUCAUUCGCUGCUGAAUGCUGUUGCUCCGGAAAAAUAUGUGUCGUUGAUAGUGGUGCCUUUCGACGGUCGAGAUCUCCUCAACAACUGGCUCUGCCACAUCGACGGCUCCGGUGUCUCCAACAUCAUCCUCAUCGUUCCAUGCGCCAGGCUGGCAGCUGAGCUGGCAGCACGUGGCUAUGCUGUCUUCUACCUGCCACCUGUCACCCGUCGCAGGAUCUUGCGACACCUGGCACGGACCAAUGGUGCAGAGUCAGCAGCUGCAGGCGCUGGUGAUGGCAGUAACAGUGGCAACAGCGGUAGCAGUAGCAGUAGCAGUAGCAGUAGCAGCAGCAAUGGGGGUACGGAUGAAGGUGGAACUAGUUUCGGGGGUAUAGGCACCAUCACCAGCAUUGGCAUUGACAGCCUGUUCUGGAAGGAUGAUCCAUCCUCAGAUGGCUACACAUCCACCAGUGCAGCAGAAGAUGAGGAGGAUGGGGAGGGGGAUGGGGACAGUCUUUUUGGCCGCACGAACAGCAGCGACAGCAGUGGGGAUGGUACUGGUGACGGUUCAGGUAACCCUGUGGGUGUUACGGGCUAUGGAGGGGCGGAAGAGGAGGAGGAGGAUGAGCUCCUCGUUCCUCGUCGUGCGAUCCUCACCGUCGACCAUCGCUGCGUGGGGGCAGCUCGAAAAGUUUUGCGCGCGGACCCCGCUGCUGACCAACGUGCUUGCGGGCAGCAUGGUGGUUAA